UAGCCAAAACCGGUAAGGUUUUGUUUGGAAAAGCAUUUGAAGGGAUUUGCAUUAAGUAAAUAUAUAAGAUCGCUCGUAUCAAAGUCGAUUUCCGUAAGGAACGAGCGUAGGAAAUGGCGUUGAGAUCGAUCUGCCGGCUGUCAAUUGAUUCGACUUUCAGCCAUACGAGCCAUUUGCGAGCCACCGCCCGCCCGAGUCGACCGUCCUUUCUUACGUUCGUGCGAGAUUUUGCUAAAGACGCCAAGAAAAUGAGUUUGCCACGGGUUUUCUUCGAUGUCAUCGCCGAUGACAAGCCCAUGGGUCGCAUCGUUAUGGAGCUGAGGUCAGAUAUUGUCCCUAAAACGGCAGAAAACUUCAGAGCUCUUUGCACGGGAGAGAAAGGUUUCGGUUACAAAAAUAGCAGCUUCCACAGAGUGAUCCCUAAUUUUAUGUGCCAAGGUGGUGACUUUACUAACCACAAUGGCACUGGUGGUAAAUCAAUUUAUGGAACAAGAUUCGAAGAUGAAAACUUUGUUUUGAAACACACGGAACCUGGCCUUCUCUCUAUGGCGAAUGCUGGACCCAAUACUAAUGGUAGUCAGUUUUUCAUUACCAGUGGAAGGACCAGUUGGCUCGAUGGCAGGCACGUCGUAUUUGGAAAAGUUAUAGAGGGAAUGGAUAUUGUUAAGAAGAUGGAAGCUAUGGGCUCGCAGAGUGGACAGACCACCAAAAAACUCGUGAUACAGGAUUGUGGACAACUGUAGAUCGUUUGACUAGCUACUGUAAUGACUACAUUUUUAUUUAGCUGUUGCAAAUAUUAACGUCUUUAUUAUCCUAAUAAUAUUUUUUGUCUAAAUGUCACCUUUAUUUCCAAUGCCAGUACAUUAACCUCCUAUCAAUGAAAACAUGGCUUGCAAGUAAGAAGAUUUUGCGUCCAUUUAAUAACUUCAGCUAUUAUCUACACAUUGGGUGAUGAUAUAUGAGUCAUUUGCAGAAAUUCAAUAAUAUAGAAUAAUACAUUUCCUCUGAUUCUAUUUCUGCAUUUAUUUGUACGAACAUGUUUGACCUGUAUUUUUAUAAAUAAUACGUCACAUUAAACUAUGUCAAAUCCACAUUCUUCCGUAAAAAAUGUUGACCUAUGCAUGAUGUAUUAAAAGUUAAAGUGUUCA